GGAUGUGCAGUAAUUUACCUACAGUAUCACGUCUUGACUUCAAUUGCAUUUCAAAAGCUCUUCCUCUUCAGGAUCAGAAAGGAGAAGUCUGCAGAUAUGAGAUAUCAAGCUACUUUGUACCUUGCGGUUGUAAUUGCUGUCCUCCUAAUGACCUGGAUAGUUGCCAUGAAUUUAUUUGAUGUACAGCAGAAAACAAGCAAUGUUCUUGCAUUUUCUGGCAUAGAUAAAAUUAAGCUAGGAUUCCAAAACGCUAUAAAUCAAUAUGAACCACAAUGCAGCAUCUCCACAGUCUGUCCACCCAACCAUUCUUCCAUACAACUCCGGAGUGGAGCAGCUAAUAUUAUCGGGCCAAAGAUCUGUUUUGAUGGCAAAACCAUCAUGAGUCAUGUGAUGAAUAACGUGGGACGCGGAUUGAACAUUGUGGUGCUAAAUGGUGAAACUGGAGCUGUAGAAAAAUUUGGCUAUCUCAAUAUGAGAGGUGGAAAUGCAAACGAAAUCCUGGCAUACCUGAAGGAGAUUAAAACUGGCAGUAUUGUUUUGGUGGCCUCCUAUGAUGAUGUGGCAGAAAAGUUGACAGACGAAAUGAGGGAGAUAUUUGUUGAAAUGGGAAGCUCUUUGAUCACCUCUGUAAGAACACGAGACAGCUGGGUGUUUGCAGGAAGAGCAGGGACAGAACACAAAAGCCUCUUUGAGAAGCAAGCUGUUAAUGAUGCGAAAACCAACGUUUAUGAAGGAUGGCCAGAUAUGGUGGAGGUGAGCGGCUGUUUCCCAAGAACCGACGUUGAAGAUUAAGAUUAUAACUUGGACUAAGUUUUUGUUUGACAGCAAUGGCCUUUUAAGCCUUACCUCCCUGUCAAAAUGAUGUAAAAAAAAAAAAAUCUUUUACCUAUUGUCAUUCUGUUUCUCCACAUUGUAAAUUUUGUCUGCUGUGGGAAAAUGUUAAAUUUUUGUCAAAGUUGUAAAUUGUAAA